CCCUCGAUGGCAGCCAGAGGACUGCUGGAUGCGCUUUGCGGGAGGCCAGAGAACCGAGACUGCCAAGAGUCUGUUCCUGGACUCGGGUUUAAAACGGGAGAGGGAGGGGAUGUGCAUGAAUGGAAAAGGGUUAUACCGGUAAAAUCUUGUUAGGGCAUAGAGGGUGUUUUAUUUUCGACUGUUAUUAUGUUUUAAUGUUUAGGUUUUCAGUUGUGUUCACUAGACCCAUAUUAAUAUGAUUGGCCUAUGGCAACCACCAGAAGAUUGUCUUAGAGGAUUUACUUAAUGUAUGAUUAUACUUUGCCUGAGGAAAUGUUAUCAAAGCUAGAUUCAAGUGGUUAGAUUCUAAAUGUUGUUGGAGAAGGGGACUGAUGACUGAUGAAUUAUGUGUCUUUUCCUUGUGUGCUGGCUAUGAGGAUUUAAGGCUUCUGCCAAGGAAAGAUGGGUGAAACGGAAUGGAGAUAAGUCUGGCCAAAGAAAAAGAGACCACUUCUGAAGAAGUGGAUGACUUCACUGCAAAAUGCCCCUAGAUACUAAAACUAGCACUGGUUGGGCCUAUAUCCUAAGAGAGAUUGAAGUUGAUUACGAGAUUAAUGCCAAUAAAUACUGGAAUGACUUUUACAAAAUCCAUGAAAAUGGAUUUUUCAAGGACAGACAUUGGCUUUUCACUGAAUUCCCAGAGCUGGCACCUAGUCAAAACGAAAAUCACUUGAUGGAUUUGCUCUCAGAGAACAAGAGGAGUCAAGUGCCUGGAUGGAAGAGCAGUGAGGAUGGACCAGGCUUCCUAAAGGAAGAACAGCACCAAUGCUCUUCAAACGGCCUUGGACAUAAAGCACAUACUCUUCCUGUGGAAGAGAACAUAACUCAGAAACUCAGUCACCUGGAAGUUUGUGCUGAUGAGUUUCCUGGAUCCUCAGCCACCUACCGCAUAUUCGAGGUCGGUUGUGGUGUGGGAAACACAGUCUUUCCAAUUUUACAAACCAACAAUGACCCAAGACUCUUUGUUUACUGUUGUGAUUUUUCUUCCACAGCUAUACAGCUGGUCCAGACAAAUUCGGCAUAUGAUCCUUCUCGGUGUUUUGCCUUUGUUCACGAUUUGUGUGACGAAGAUAAGAGCUACCCAAUUCCCAGGAAUAGUCUUGAUAUCAUCGUCCUCAUAUUUGUUCUUUCAGCAGUUGUUCCAGACAAGAUGCAGAAGGCCAUUGACAGACUGAGCAGGCUUCUGAGGCCUGGAGGGAUGAUGCUUCUGCGAGAUUAUGGCCGCCAUGAUAUGGCUCAGCUUCGGUUUAAAAAAGGUCAGUGUCUCUCUGAAAAUUUUUACGUGAGAGGUGAUGGCACCAGAGUUUACUUCUUCACUCAAGAUGAAUUGGACACACUUUUCACAACUGCUGGACUGGAAAAAGUUCAGAACCUAAUGGAUCGCCGAUUGCAAGUGAACCGAGGGAAACAGCUGACAAUGUACCGAGUUUGGAUUCAGUGCAAAUACCGCAAACCUCUUCGGUCCGACACUGGCUCCUGACAGGAUGGCAGCGCCUUGGCUUUUUUAAAAGAUCAUCCACAAAUGGUGUCCCGCUGAGCAGUUCAAGGAAUCAAGGUUGAGCCCUUUCCUGAAGCUAGGAAAAACUACUUUUUACCAAGAUUCUAAUAAUCAUGCUUCAUAUUUGUGAAGACCUUUAAUAUAUACUUUUCUCCAGCUUUUUCUUACUUUGAGAUCUCAAAGAAUCUUUUUUGCCAUUUUGUAAUAUCUUAAUAACUGAAAUAUUCAUGGAAAUUAGGAAUUUUAAAGGCAUCAAAAAUUUAUUUCCAUUUGAAAGUAUCAUCUAUGAUAAAGUGUUAUUUGACUGUUUUAAGUUAUUUGGGAAUUCAAAUAUGUGGUUCUGAGGUAUUUUAAGUACUUUUUCUCCUCUAAUUAGCAUGUGUCUAAAAAUUAAAAGGAUCUUCACUUAUUUUCUUUUUAUUGUGCCUUUUAAUGUUUGACACAGAAAUUGAGAGAGCUAGCCCUGGCUGAUGUGGCUCAGUGGAUUGAGCACUGGCUUGCGAACCAAAGGGUCGCCAGUUUGAUUCCCAACCCAGGACACAUGCCUGGGUUGUGGGCCAGGUCCCCAGUAGGGGGUGCACAUGAGGCAACCGCACAUUGAUGUUUCUUCCCUCUCUCUCCCUCUUUUCCCCUCUCUCUAAAAAUAAAUAAAUAAAUAAAAUCUUUUCUUAAAAAAAAAAGAAA